GUAUUUCGUUUCACCGGGGUUUAGACUCGGCGCAAAAACCCAAGCUGUUCGCAUUUGACCCACUUUCUGAUUUGAACGAAAGGCUGUUCUUUCGCUCUUCCGAUAGUUAGCUAUAGCAGGCGGUAGAAACCAACACUUUCCAGCCAGAUCCGAGAGAGAAGAGGGGGAACAUGGACAUGAAAAAGAGAAUUCACCUAGAACUGAGAAAUAGGACGCCGUCGGAUGUUCAGGAACUUGUCCUAGAUAACUGCCGGUCCAACGAGGGGAAGAUGGAGGGCGUAACGGAGGAGUUUGAGAACCUGGAACUGUUGAGCCUCAUCAACGUCGGCCUCAUCAACGUCUCAAACAUUCCCAAAUUGGGGAAAUUAAAAAAGUUGGAGCUGAGUGACAAUAGGAUAUCUGGUGGUUUGGAGGUGCUGGCUGAGAGGCUGGUCAACCUCACACACCUCAACCUCUCUGGGAACAAGUUCAAGGACAUCAGCACACUGGAACCACUGAAAAAACUUCCCGUAUUGAAGUCUCUGGACCUCUUUAACUGUGAGGUCACCAACCUGGGAGACUACAGAGAGAGCAUCUUCAAGCUCCUCCCACAGCUCACGUACCUGGAUGGCUACGAUAUCGAAGACUGCGAGGCCUCCGACUCGGACGGCGAGGGAGACGGGGUCGAUGACGACGACGAUGAUGAAGGGGGAGAGUCUGAGGAGGACUUUGAUGAAGAGGAGGAUGAUGAUGAAGAGGUCAUUGCAGAGGAAGAUGACGACAGUGCGGAGAGUGAAGAGGAUGGGGAGGUGAACGGAGAUAUCGAUGAUGAUGAUGAUGACGACGACGAAGAUGAUGAUGAGGAUGACUCUCCAGCGAAAGGAGAGAAGAGGAAGAGGGAUCCUGAGGAUGAUGACGAUGAUGAAGAUUCAGUGUCCCCCCCUCCACCCCUCAAUGUCUGAUUCCACUUCUCAAUAUCUCUGAUACGUCCCCUUCACCCCUCAAUAUCUCUACCUCCCCUUCACCCCCUCAAUACCUCUACCUCCCCUCCAUCCCUCAAUAUCUCUGAUACCUCCCCUUCACCCCCUCAGUAUCUCUGAUACCUCCCCUUCACCCCCUCAGUAUCUCUGAUACCUCCCUUUCACCCCCUCAGUAUCUCUGAUACCUCCCCUUCACCCCCUCAGUAUCUCUGAUACCUCCCCUUCACCCCCUCAAUAUCUCUGAUACCUCCCCUUCACCCCCUCAGUAUCUCUGAUACCUCCCCUUC